AUGAUAUGUGUGCCUUAUGCCUCCUAUUCUCAUGCAGGGUCCUCUUGUUCAGAAGACAGAAACCAGUCACUGAGAACAGACAGUGGGUCCGUCAUGGAUUUGGCAGUAGGACUGAUCUCCUUACUACAGACAAUACUUGGAGUCCUGGGGAAUUUCUCUCUGCUUUAUCAUUAUCUCUUCCUUUAUUUCACUGGGUACAGGCUGAGGCCCACAGAUUUGAUUGUCAACAGCCUGAUCAUGGCCAAUUCCUUGGUUCUGUUCUCUAGUGGAAUCAGCUUUACCAAGGUAUCUUUUGGAUCAUAUGACCAUCUCAGUGGUUUUGGAUGCAGAUUUGUUUCCUAUUUGCGUGGAGUGGGCAGGGCUGUGUCCAUUGGCACCACCUGCCUCCUGAGCGUCUUCCAGGCCAUUACCAUCAGCCCCAUGAACUCCAGGUGGGCAGGGCUUAAAAGAAAGGCUCCCAAGUACAUUGUUGCUUCUAUUUUCCUGUACUGGAUCCUGCAAAUGCUGGUAAAUGUCAUUUUUCCUAUGCAUAUGUCUAGUACUUUGAGCAAUGAAAAAUUCAGAAACAGAAAAAAGUUGGGAUUCUGUUCCUACAUUUAUCUUAAUGAAACAAUGAACACAUUAUAUGCAGUGUUGGUAGCAUCCCCUGAUUUUUUAUGUUUCGUGCUCAUGCUCUGGGCCAGCGGCUCCAUGGUCUUCAUCCUGCACAGACACAAACUGAGGAUCCAGCACAUUCACAGGACCCCUGUCUCCUCCCAAUCCUCCCCCGAGUCCAGAGCUACCAAAACCAUUCUUCUCCUGGUGAGCACCUUUGUCUUUUUGAACACCUCUUCUUUCAUCUUUCAUAUUGUUUUUGCCAUUUUAAGCAAUCCCAGCUUGCUUCUCUACAACAUCUAUAUAUUAAUCACUCUGAGUUUCCCAACUGUCAGUCCCUUUCUGAUCAUGAGCCGUGACUCCAGUGUCUCCAGGCUCAGCUUUGCCUGGAUUAAAAAUGCAAAAUUCCCUACUUUUAUGAGAAAUAUGUAA